GACUCACCAAAACGAUUUCUGCAGAGGAGCAGAUUAUACUUAUUAUCCUUUUAAUAACAACACAGAUGAAUACGUUGAGCGCGGAUUUUGUGAUAGAAUUUCUAUUUAUUGUAUAAACACAUUGCAGUUAGAUAUAAGGAAUGGAAAUCCCUACAGGGACGAGUUCAGGAUAUGGGAUUACUUCAAGCACAACAUGACUAUCUAAAUCUAAUUAUAGAUAAUACAAAACUGGACCACAUUACUGGUUAUCCUCUACAAUGAAGUACUUGAAGAUUUCCUCCUUGGUGCCUGAUAGGGACUGGAGGUCCCUGAAAGGCUGUGUAUGUGCCACACACCCCCUAAAGGUAUUCAAAUGUUGCUGUUUUGUGGUAGUUGGUGUGCUGAUUAUAGAACUUAUGUUCUUUAAUAUGUUCAUCAUGUACGGAUACCACCUGAUGAAGGACAACAUCACCCCGGUACUCAACAAACAGAGCAAUUCUUGGAUCGAUAAAUUUGCAGAAAGUAAAAUGGUUAGAGAUUUUGUAUAUUCAGGGAAGGCAGGUGGUUUUGUUUCCUUGAUACAACAGACUUUGGAACGUGUGUACGUCGCGUUUCCAGAAGAUGGAUCAAAUCGUAUGAAAGUUGGGAUGCUUGGACUUGAUGUUUCCCAUUCUGGAGAAUCACUGUUUUUGUAUAGACGCCUGUCAAGACGACGGAAGUUUAUGUAUGAACACCUGGUGGUAGAUAUUGGUGCUAAUGACGGAUUCCUGUCCAGUAACUCUUUCAACUUUAUACAGUGGGGAUGGGAUGCCAUCCUUGUGGAGCCACAGACGAAACAGCUGAGAAUGGCAAUGCUCAAUCUACGCAGGUACAACAAUCCGUAUCGAGAUGGCAACCAGACUGUGAGGUUUGUGGAGGCAAUCAUCGGUAACAGCGAUGCUAUGGUGGACUUCGUGAAUACUGACGACAUGGUAUCGAUGGAAGGCCAUGUCCUCCAGGAGAGGGACUUGUACGACAAAAAGCUUCGCCAGAGUCUAAUCAAGGUCCAGAGUCUCAGUGUAAAGACUUUUGUCACAAAGUACGGCAUCCCACGCUACUUCGGUAUUCUGUCUAUUGACGCUGAAGGUGGUGGAAACACAAUUCUCCAUAGCUUUAUGGAACUUGGGUACCGGCCAGCCUUUAUUAUCUAUGAGGAUUUACACGAACGUCAAUGGGAAACUCCUGCAGAAACCAUUGAAUACCUGGCUGGGAAAGGGUACAGAUUUCUGUCCAAAAGAGGCUGGAAUAACAUCCUGGAACACAUGACGGACAGUGAUGUAUAAUACCUAACAACAUACAAAGGCUUGGUGUAAAACCAGCGAUUCUCACUAAAUUAAAAUAGUGCAGUCAUUUGCAUUCCUUAUAUUAAUUCAAUUCAAAGACAAACAAAAAACUUGUCUGGUAUUCUGGUAAUAAGUUUCAAUGUCAUAACUUUUCUUUUCAAGUUGAAAGAUUUCAAUUUCGUUAGAACAGUUGAAGGGCAUUACUACUGAUCUUAAUAUUUUGUGAAAUUGUGCAAUAAGGAUAAUGACAUAUAAUGAUUAGCUUGAAACAUGUGGAAGCUUGAAACAUGUGGAUUCGUUAUUGUUUAUUACUUUAUUUUCUUCCUUUCACAUGAGUAGUGAUAUUUAUUUGUUGGUUUAGUAUGAAGUACUGAAACGGUAAAAACGAAUGAAUAUUUUGAAAUGCAGAAUUUAUAUUGAAAACAGCUAAUAUAUGGUAAAUUUCAGAUGUCAUUUACAGCUUCAAGAUAAGCUGAUAAUAAAGUUGGAAAAUUGUGGUUUUAACUACAAUUCUGUUUAUUGGCAAUUAUCCCCAGGUCCUCUAGGGCUUGUCAUUUUAUGGACUCUCCCAUAGUCCCCUGGGGUUUGUUAUAGUAUGGAAUCUCCCAUAGUCCCCUGGGGUUUGUUAUAGUAUGGACUCUCCCAUAUUCCCCUGGGG